AUGAAGAUCUUACAAAAUCAUAUCAAAGAAGUAUUCUCCAAGGCUAUUGCCAAAGCCUUCCCAACUAUAGCAUAUGAACAUUCACCAAACAUUUCAAAAGCAAAUCCUUCGUUCGGAGAUUAUCAAUGGAAUGGAGCUAUGGACAUUUUCAAACAGUGUAAAGAUGAGUUAAAGCUUGAAUCUGUAUCACAGGUUACCGAGUUGGUGUCUAAACAUCUAUCAAGGGACAUGUUUGAGGAAGUAAUUCCUGCUAAAGGGUUUGUUACCAUGAAAUUGUCAUCCAAAUGGGUAUCUGAAGAACUGAAGACUUUGAUAAGAAAUGGCGUUAAAAUUGAAUGGAAAAAUGACACAUACAAGAUAUUGGUGGAUUUUUCCUCGCCUAACAUUGCCAAAGAUAUGCACGUAGGCCAUCUAAGGUCCACAAUUCUGGGCGAGUCUAUUUGCAGAGUGUUUGAAUUCCUAGGCUACAAUGUUUUGCGCAUAAAUCACAUUGGAGAUUGGGGCACAAAUUUUGGAAUGUAUAUUGAAUAUCUCAAGAGAGAACAUCCCAAUUAUAUCGAAAAUUUCCCAGCCAUUAGCGAUUUAACAUCUUUCUACAAAAAGGCUAGACAACUGAUGGAUACGGAUGAAGAUUUUAAAAAAUGCGCCAGGGCCAACGUGGUAAAAUUGCAAGAAAGAGAAAAGGUUUCAGUUAAGGCCUGGGAAAUUAUUUGUGAGAUUUCCAAGGCGGAGAUCAAAAAGUUGUACGAUAUAUUAGAUAUAACUCUGGAGGAUUAUGGUGAAUCUUAUUACGUUGAUAUGAUUCCUGGUGUCAUUGAUGAACUGACUGCCAAAGGCAUUUGUAAGGAAAGCAGUGGAGCCAUGUGCGUAUUCACCAAUAUUGAUAAGACUCCUUUGAUAUUGCGUAAGUCUGACGGUGGAUAUGGUUAUGACUCCACAGAUAUGGCAUGUAUUAGACAUCGCAUCAUCACGCUUGGAUGCAAGCGAUUAAUUUAUGUUACUGAUUCUGGACAAAGAAGCCAUUUUGAUUUAUUGUUCGAGGCUGCUCGUAUUGCAGGAUGGGCGACGGAUGAUAUUGUAUUGGAUCAUGUGGGAUUUGGGUUAAUCCAAAAUGAGGAUGGGAAGAAGUUCAAGUCUAGAAGCGGCGAGCCUGUGAGGUUGAUGAGUCUAAUCGAUGAAGCAAUUGAGAGAUCUAAAACUGAACUCAAAAUGCGAGGUGCACACGAUGAUGCUUACAUUAAAUAUGCAUCUAAAGUACUUGGCUGCGCUUCAAUCCGUUACUUUGAUUUGAAACAAAAUUACAACACUAACUAUAAGUUCUCAUACGACAAAAUGUUGAACCCUAAGGGGAAUACUGCUAUAUAUAUUUUAUAUGGAUAUGCGAGAAUCUGUUCAAUUUUCAAAAAAUCAACUUUGGAAGUAGAUUUUAUGAACGAUUGUGACAAAAUCAACUUGGUUCACCCCAAGGAAUUGACUUUGGGCAAACACCUGUUAUAUUUCCCUGAUGUUAUCUCCUUUACCACACAAGACCUUCUAAUUUCUAGAAUUGCCGAUUACACCUAUAACUUGACUGAGAUUUUCACCUCCUUUUACAACGAAUGUAAGGUUGUGGGUGGGGAUGAAGAGGUUAGUCGUUUGCUGUUAUGCAAAGCGACCAAAUCGAUUCUCGACAUGUGCCUGUAUAUGUUGGGUAUCACUCCCUUGGAGAAAUUGUAA